AUGGGGGUCCAGGGAGCAGUGACGCCCGGGAGAACCCGCCGGCUGAUGCUUAAGCUGCCGGUGGGGACUCUACGGAGGAACAGCGGAGAGAGGAUGACAGAGGGGAGGCGAUGUCAGGUCCAUCUCCUGGACGACAGGAAGCUGGAGCUCCUUGUACAGCCCAAGCUGAUGGCCAAGGACUUGCUGGACCUCGUGGCCUCUCACUUCAACCUCAAGGAGAAGGAGUACUUUGGAAUUGCAUACACAGACGAAACGGGCCAUUUUAGUUGGCUUCAGUUGGACCGCAGGGUGUUAGAACACGAGUUCCCCAAGAAGUCCGGUCCCAUCGUCCUCUACUUCUGUGUCAGGUUCUACAUAGAGAGUAUAUCCUACCUGAAGGACAAUGCCACUAUUGAGCUGUUUUUCCUUAAUGCCAAAUCCAUCAUCUACAAGGAGCUUAUUGAAGUGGACAGUGACGUUGUCUUCGAACUGGCUGCCUUUAUUCUACAAGAGGCUAAAGGAGAUUUCACCAGUAAUGAUGUAACCAGGUCUGACCUGAAAAAGCUGCCUGCUCUGCCCACCCAGGCCCUGAAGGAGCACCCAUCUCUGGCCUACUGUGAAGACCGGGUCAUAGAGCAUUACAAGAAGAUCAAUGGGCAGUCCAGAGGGCAAGCUAUUGUAAAUUAUAUGAGCAUCGUAGAGUCUCUGCCCACAUAUGGAGUUCAUUACUAUGGUGUUAAGGACAAGCAGGGGAUCCCAUGGUGGUUGGGGCUGAGCUAUAAAGGCAUCUUUCAGUACGACCACCAGGACAAAGUCAAACCCAGGAAGGUGUUCCAAUGGCGUCAGUUGGAGAACCUCUACUUCAGAGAGAAGAAGUUUUCAGUGGAAGUUCAUGACCCAAGAAGGGCGUCGGUGACAAGAAGGACGUUUGGUCACAGUGGCAUCGCUGUGCAUACGUGGUACGCCUGUCCUGCCCUCAUCAAGUCCAUCUGGGCCAUGGCCAUCAGCCAACACCAGUUCUACCUGGACCGCAAGCAGAGCAAGUCCAAGAUCCAUGCAGCGAGGAGUUUGAGUGAGAUCGCUAUCGACCUUACGGAAACAGGAACUCUGAAGACCUCCAAACUAGCGAACAUGGGAAGCAAGGGCAAAAUUAUAAGUGGCAGCAGUGGCAGUCUGCUCUCGUCAGGCUCUCAGGAAUCGGACAGCUCCCAGACAGCUAAGAAGGACAUGCUGGCAGCACUGAGGGCUAGGCAGGAAGCUCUGGAGGAAACUCUAAAAAAGAGACUAGAGGAACUCAAAAGCAUCUGCAUCAGAGAGGCGGAGCUGACAGGGAAGCUUCCUAAGGAAUAUCCUCUGGACCCGGGAGAGGAGCCUCCCACAGUCAGACGGAAGAUCGGUACCGCCUUCAAACUGGACGAGCAGAAAAUUCUUCCUAAGGGAGAGGAGGAGGAACUGGAGCGUUUGGAGCGGGAGUUUGCCAUUCAGUCCCAGAUUACAGAGGCAGCCAGGCGUCUCGCCAGCGACCCUCACGUGAGCAGUAAGAAGCUGAAGAAACAGAGGAAGACUUCUUAUCUGAACGCGUUGAAGAAGCUCCAAGAAAUUGAGAACUCCAUCAAUGAGUACCGGGUCCGCUCUGGAAAGAAGCCCACGCAGAGAGCGUCGCUUAUCAUAGAGGAGGCCAAUAUUGGUUCUGAAGACAGUUCGUUGUCUGACGCGCUGGUCUUGGAUGAUGAUGAUCCACAAGUCACAGGUACCCCCAACUUCUCUCCAGUAGCAUCGCCUCACAAGGGCCUACCUCCUCGGCCACCAUCUCACAGUCGGCCCCCUCCACCUCAGUCCCUGGACGGCCUGCGACACCUGCACUAUUCACGGCCUGACUACGAUAAAUCACCCAUCAAACCCAAGAUGUGGAGCGAAUCGUCACUGGAUGAGCCCUAUGAAAAAGUCAAGAAACGCACCUCUCAUCCCAGUCACAGGCGUUUCCCAAGCUCUGGCAGUGCAGAAGCAGGGGGUAGUAACUCUUUGCAGAGCAGCCCCAUCAGGAGCCUCCCUCACUGGAACUCUCAGUCCAGCAUGCCCUCAACCCCAGACCUGAAGACCAGGACCCCACACUACGUACAUUCCACUAGGUCAGUGGACAUCAGUCCCACACGUCUGCACAGUCUCGCUCAGCACUUUAGGAACCGCAGCUCAAGCCUUGAGUCCCAGGGCAAACUGUUGGUGCCCGAUCCCGACGCACACCCGCACACCCUGGGCACACUGGGCAGCCCCGACUUCUUCCUGGUCCCAGGACGCAACUCCAAUGGCUCUGACCCACUGGACGACUGCUCAUCCUGCACCAGCCAAAGCAGCUCAGAGCAUUACUACCCAUCCGGCGGACCCCCCAGCAGCAACCCCAACUACUCCACUCUUGGAGAGGACUCACCCUCCAAAGCCAGGCAGAGACAGAGGCAAAGGCACAGGUCAGCAGGUCAGUUGGGUUCCUCUAACUCCGGCUCCAUGCCAAACCUGGCAGCUAAGAAUGGCUCUGGUGGGGGUUCGGGUGGAGUUGGGAUGGGAGGGGGACACCACGGAGUCUACCUCCACAGCCAGAGCCAGCCCUCCUCCCAGUACCGCAUCAAGGAGUACCCGCUAUACGUGGAGGGCAGCCCGAACCCUGUGGUGGUGCGCAGCCUGGAGAGCGAUCAGGAGGGCCACUACAGCGUCAAGGCCCAGUUCAAGACCUCCAGCUCCUACACGGCGGGGGGACUGUACAAGGAGGCCUGGGGAGAGGAGGGAGGAGAGGGGAGCGGCCGACUCACGCCGUCGCGCUCUCAGAUCGUAAGGACUCCGUCAUUGGGGCGAGAGGGUGGUGGAAGCGGAGGAGGGGGGAGGGCAGCGGUGUCUGAAGAGCUGCGGUGCUGGUACCAGAGGUCCUCAGGGAGCCUGAAGGAGAGGAGUCACUCACAUUCGGGAUCUACUUCCUCCGAGACAGGGUCACAGCAAGGCACUCUGGGACAUAGUCGAGGGAGUCGAGUAGGGACACUCGCCAAGGGCUCACCAGCUGCAUCCCCUCACAGCCAGCGGAGUAUGACGCCCUCCAGCGAACACGCCGCCACACCAACACCCCCCUGUAGCCCACAGCACAUCCUUAACUGGCAGAGCGGGUCUUUCAGUGACAGCUGUUUUCCCAGCAGCCCCUUGUGUUCAGAGCUGGCAGAUGUGCAGUGGUACGGACAUGAUAAGGCCAAACCUGGAACGCUGGUCUGAGACCUUCCUGUAGGGCCCAGAAAAGUCCCACUGCCCUCUCCUACUGCCUCUCCACUGUCCCUCACUACUACCCGUCGACAACCAACAACCUCAUCCUUAAGGCCCCUACAAACAACCCUGCCCUGAGCGGACUGGCGGACUGGCGGACUGGAUAUGAGCCUCCCUCCUUCCUAAAUCCUGCCCUGCAUCCAUCUCACCACCUCUUUAUUAUGCCCAUGUAUCACAGCUCAGCUGGACAGGGACACACUCGCUGGGCUCUGGUGAGGGCUGAUUUCACAGGACACACUGAGAAGUGCCACCUCAGCUGUUGAACUGUUGCCCUGCAGCACCACAGGGCCCGUUCUCUACUCACCCUCAGCACACAAGAAAUGGGGCAAGGAGGGGAAAAAAAGCGAUGGGAAGAGAGAGCACAGAAAAAUAUCAAACAAACAACUCAAACUCAACAGAACCGGCAUCGACCAUUCCAGGAUCUGUUUCAUAUCUCAUCUUUGGUCGUCGUCCCCCCCUCCCCCCGACCUAACUAACUCCUGUUCACUGCCACCCAAUCAGAGGAUACCUGCUGGAUUUGAGCCACCAGUUUAAAACCCGACUCCAGGCCCAAACAAACUGUGUUGGAUUACAUUAUUCCAUUAAUGUUGUUUGUCUUUUUUUUGUUUAUUUGUCCCCGCAUAUUUAUAGUAAAAGAAGAUGACACAAACUUUCCAGAAAAAUCAAGAUUAACAAACGUUUAGAUGACAAAUUCAACUCCUCUCAGUUUAACCCACAACCAAAGACAACUUACUGAAUUGACUGUUCACACCAGGGUCCCUGGACUGGUGCCAUACAGUCAACUGUAUGAGAGUGAAUUCACAGUGACAAUAUCAGGAUGGUUUAUGGGACUCUUAUCUGGGAUAUCGAUGAGGACUAUAGCAAUAACAAACAUUGUACAAUAUGGACUGGUUUGAGCCUUCAGAGUGAAUUAAAGCAGGCAUUUUGGAGUGUUCUCUGCUCUGCUCUGCUUGGAGUAAAAGAUCAUUAGUGCAUCAUAGAUGAAAUUGGGAGUUGUGGUUAUUGGGUUUGGCAUUUAUCUAUGCUUAUUUCAGUGACUUCAUUUUUACAAUUACUGCAACAUUUCAUUUUGGCUGUAGUUUUAAAAUAGAAACAAGACAUUCUGAUUCCACUGUUCCACAUUUUUCAUUUUCACCCCUAGAAGUAAAUAAUUUCUGUCUGUUGACGUCUGUUGGAAUUACUUGUGUUUGAUCUUGAGGCUGUUCAAUGAUAACUCUCCACAGUGAACCAUCUCUUCCAUCACAAGUGUCUCCUCCUCUCUGUUGGUCUCGGUUCUAAGCCGGGUCUAUCUGUCAGUCCCCUCUUUGUAGCACCGUGCUUUCUCAUCUUUCUGUCCGCCUUCUUCAACAUGACAGGAGCAACAUGACUGGUGACAGACAGCGUGAACUCAACGCCGACAAGAACACACAUAUUAGGGACACACAAAUAAGUACAAACGUGCCAAACAUGUUGGUGCUUUACAUUUGUUCUGUAAUUCAGCACUGGAGCAGCCCCUCCUUCAAGCUCCAAACAGUAAAGCCCCACAGUCUAUAGCCAUUGUACAGACACUCAGACAAAUAUGGUAGAAAUGAUGAUCAAACGUACUUUGAAAAGCACAACAUGAACACUGUCUAUAAGGGCUGGACCUACAAUUAGUGAAUUUUCAUUUUCCACUCUCAAUAUUUGAAUAAUGAGUUGUAUCAAAGUGCAUCAGAGGGGAGGUAGAAAAGCCAGAGCCACGGACAAGGUGUUACAAGACUGUGCUCUUUUUAUUAGUACGAGGACUUUGAAUUUUAGGUUCGACAAUAUUUAAUCCCCGCUGUCAGGGCAGAAGAAAAAGCCAUAGCCAGAUCUGAAACAAACAAUUCUUUAACCCUCUCAAAGUGGGGGGAUUCUUUUCUCACACAUCCCAACCAACAAUCAGAUUUUCAGAUCAGGGAUGGAAAAGCACACCUGGUUUUUGUAAGAAGGAAGUAAACCUCUGCAUGUUUUAUUCGUGUCUAAAUCAAUCUCCCUCAUCUUCCCCUAAACAGAGUCAAGAAUAAAAAAAUGUAAUGUUGCAAAAAAAAUAAAAUCUGAAUUGGUGUUAGAUCACUAAGAUAAAGACAGAUUCUACAUAGAGAAGUGGACAUAUUGUUUUCAACGAUGUGCAUCUUUCCCUGUCCCUCAUAGUGUUGUGUUUCCUUCAUGCACUCACACCAGUUGUUGUAAUUUGCCACUUUCUAGACUAUUUAAAUAAGAAAGAUUAGUCCGCUCCCUGCAUGGUUGGAUCUCCAAGAGUUACCCACCCAUGCCUGGUCAGAUCUGAUCAGUUUUUACCCAGGAUUGGAACCAGCACCCCCUGGUUACCUUAUUAGAGUGCAAGUUUGACCCUGCUUUCACUCACUCAAGGUCUUUGUCCACAGUUAGUGUGCUAAAACACAAUCCCAUGCAUGCCCUGCAGAUCCACUGACAACCCCCCCCCCAAAGACAUUCAGCUCCCGACCUUCUAUACGCUAACAUUAGCACGUCUUGCUCCAUAGUGUGCCCCAUCUCGACCUUGUGGUGAUCUCUGACCUCUGAGCCCGAUGUGAAGAAGUGUGACGUCCCUUCCCUCUGUAGCUCCAAACACACCAUAUUUUCUGUGCUUCAUAGAAAUGUGUGAGGUUUUUUUUGUAAUACUCCCAAGAGAAAUGAACUAACUCUUUUAUCAGUCUUUUCCUGUAUGUACGGAGGGGAACUGUAAGGCUUUUUGGGGGUUUGUAACAUUCACAUUCAUUGUUUUACAAUGUUCCAUUUUAUAUGAACCAGUAUUGUUUUGUUUUCUUUAGUUCUGACAUUGUAACAAUGCAUUCAGGUGCUACAAAAUGACCAGUUACUGCUUCGUCACGUAGGAUCUAGACAUCUUCAUUCUUAUCAAUAGAUUCAAUUUACCAGAUGUGCAAAAUGAAGCUUAUUUUAACAGACAGUUUAAUAGUAGAAGACACUUCCCCAACCGGACAAUAGAGCAUGUAACUUGAUUUUAUCAGUUCUGUUCAACUGUAACAAUACAUUAAAAGGUGUUGUAGAAAAAAUGUGGAAUUGAUAAAAAAAAAAAUAACUGAAUUCCACAGUUAAUUUAUUCUUUUUUCUAUUAAAAUUUGUAUAGUAACUUUACAUUUUUCAAAACUGUGUUGUUGGAAAUUGAUGAUGAAUUUUCAAGAUGAGAAGCAGUGUUGGUUCUUGAGAGUAAGAAAAAUAAAUUAUUGAUGAAUGU